CCAACAAACUGAAAACCAGAAAGAGAGAGGGGAGAAGCAGGCAACUGAGAGUCCACAGCAUGGCCAUCAGCCUGGAGAGCGAGUACUGCUAUUCGCACCGAGUCAGCCCUCUGGUCUACGGGCAACUCUUCGACAGCGAGCUUCGCAAGAGAGCCGCCCCGAACAUCUUCGAGUCGGUGAACCAAGCGGCGCUGCAGCGCCUGUUCGAGCGAGCAGGAGACAGGAAAGCCGAGGAGAGGGCGAGGAUCAUUUCCACAAACCAAGGCAGCGAGGAGAUCACCCGAGCCCUGAUCGCACUGAGGCUCAGGAAGAGGAUGAAACUCCUGCAACUGUUCCACCUUGGCAGGAAACGUCUCCAGAUCCUCUCGGGUCCUCGAUAGAGAGAACUGGACAAGGAACGACGGAGAAUGUCGUGCAUUCUAGUUUUCACUGAACGAGACAAUUCGCAGGACGGUCUGCAGCAAAAGACGUUCUGGCGAAGAAACGACAGACAUUUGUCCUCUAAUGUGCAAAUCGUUUGCCGGUUGUAUCGUACGGGUGCUCGAAUCGCACUGGGCAGCCCGGCCAAGGGCUCCCUCCCGGCUCCCAAAUAUCUCCCGAGUCUCCUGCUACAGUCGGGAGGGCGCACUCUGGAGCUCUGAAGAAGACCCCAGUGAGAUAGAAGGGGUUGGUGGACUGGACUGAAGGACUGUCGAGAAAAUCAGACGGGACAUGGUGUAUUUAUUGAUGGAACUUUGCCCGUGGUUACCGCAAAGCCAUUUUUGUGAACAUUUUUCAUUUUUUUUUACAAUUUAAUAAAUGUUGAAAACUA